GGGACGUCUCCCUGCCUCAGCUCUUUCUCCUCCCUUUCGAAUCACCCCUUCAUUCAUUCCUUCUUAAUUUCUCCAUCUUCUCCUUUCUAUUUCUCUAUAUUCGCGCUCAUGUCGGACCUCUCCACACAUUCGGCGCGUCCACCACUGCUCCGUGGCAACACCGUCCCGCUGUACGUGCGCACCUCGUACUCCUCCUCGUCUGCCCAGGACCAGGCGCGUCAGCCAGAAGGGUCAUCCCAAGCCUAUUCAGCUCAUCCGGACAAAUAUUCCUCACUAGGCCGACGUGACCAGACCGGCAUGCAUGGUUCUAGCGCAGCAUCGAUCUCGCGCAUGCCGCAGAACUGGCAGGUGCCGCCUACGCCGCCACUCUCUACGAGUCCGGGCUCCGCGGAGUCGUAUGCCCAAGAGGAGGCGUAUUUUCCGGCCGUCUCGGCGAGCCAACAACAUUCGCAUGCCGUGGGCAGCGUACGCUCGGCCAGGUCGCAUGGGGCGUUCGGGUCCCCACCGUUGCCUUCCAUGACAUCCCCGACAAUCACAUCUUCACCCGCAUCAUUCCAGCUACUCCGUAAUACGUACAGCAGCGCCCCAAUGCGGUUAGAGAAUACAACCUCAGCGUACAUUCUUUCGGCUACGAUCGGACCCGGAUUUGAUUCGUCGUGUAUCACCAUAUCAAUGCGCAAGAACAAUAUUCUCAACAUCGUGGCAGACCGGUGGGACUUGGAGAAGGGUUGCCACCACGAGUGGCAAGUUCAAUUCGAUAGGCAUGCCGACAUGAGUGGCGUGCAUGCGAACUACACGAACGGUGUGUUAACCGUCACCGUUAAACGAUUAAAUCACUCCGCUGGUCGUCCGCCGCAAAUGAAGCCGUGAAGUAGUCUUAUCUCUGCUGAUCUUCUCCUUUCCCUGUUUCCCUUGCACUUUCCUGACAAUCUCUUUCACACCCUUAUGCUUAUGAGUCAUCGCCAAAACCACCGACCAGCCUCCCGUACCAGUACCGCAGAUUCCAUUCACCCAUCUCUCACGGACACACGGACAUCUAUAAUUAUUCGUCUUCACAUUCCUGGAUUCUUGCAUCCACAUAUUUCAAAACAAGGCUCAGCUUAUAUGCACACCUCAUUUCACGCGGAUGGUCACGCUGUACGUAUAUCUAUCGAUGGCCGACCGGAAACAGGCGGAGACGCGAUCGAAGAUUAAGGAAAAAGUGAUUCUAGAGGACAUGAUCAGUCGGACUAAGAAGGAUUAGGUAUGAAGAAGACGGGGAACUGUCUCGGAGGAACGGAGGGCGCUUCCCGGUGAACCGAAAAUGAGUUUGUAGGGUUCCGUUAUCUUCAUGCUUUGGGCGACAAGCGACAUAAAAACUAGAAUACACGUUACCCGCCAACACAACACGUUCCUUGCCUUGUAAUUCUCAUCUUCGGCACGUGAUCCGUCUGAAGCUGGUUUCGGACCGCUGCAUUCACUGUUACGUCAACAAAUCAUAUAUCCUUGUCCUGUCUGCUCUUUCUCUACCUCCACGUGGAUGUCGUAGCUCGAACUGGGUUUUGCGUAGUAUCUGCGUCAUCAUAUUACUCCCAAGUGCCUCUGCUCCGAUGUUGGUGCUACGGUUUUGCCGUAGUUCGCAUACGACGUGCCAGCGAAUUCCACUGGAUUGCCACUGCGCAAGCGAAUUUGCUUCUGUCUGAAAGUGGACAGGUGGGGGUUCGCACGAGGUAUGUUAUGCGAUAGUUCUGUUUCCUCUCGGGCGGAACAUCUACCCUCACCGCGACCUCCAGACCCGGUUGUCUGAAAACCGAAUUAUACGGGAACAUCACUAAUCUUGGAAAGGUCAGCUGGGGACUUUGUGACUUGGGGCGACAGGACGAAACACAUGGAAUUCUGAGGAGCUGUGGGGCUGCUUAUUGAGGCAGGUCCUACAUUCGCCUGCGUGUUCCAUUGCAAAACCCUUUCCUAAUUAAUUCGGCCUCGUUUCCGGUGACUUGGGUUGGCUUGUCAAUGACGUCUCGAGGUGCAUCUCUAGAGGCAUCAUCUGGACGCCUGGGCCUACCCGCGGGCCUCAUUGUUCGCACAUUCACAUUAGCCUUGUAUGUACUGGUCUGGUGAUGCAUGACGAUGUAGUGGGACAUUGCUCUCAUCAUCUGGGUUCUUUGCUAUUUCUCGGGAUUCUUUUGCUUUUCUUAUUUUCCCUUCUUGUGAAAUUACUUUUUCCUUUUCGCAACCUCUCUUCAAUUUAUAGUCUUCUAUAUACCUUGUAUGUACACGCUGCAAAUACUCACUGCUUGACUUCUUGAGCCUUUUCAUAGACUUUGGCCGGCGCUGCCGGCUUUCUUCUUAUUCUUUUCCUCCUUUCAUAUCUAUUCAUGGGUACAGAAAAGCAUAUUCCAUUGCUGCCUUCUUGCUUUGCUCCAUCGUAAUCGCUCCCUCGUGUACAGUUAGUUCCCCGUCAUCACUCGGCUAUGUUCCAG